UACCUACACACCACCUCCACUUCUCCUCCUCAAUUCACUACUAGUGCUGCCCAUCUACACCUCCACCGCCACCGCCGGAGUGCCUCGCCGUCGCCGUCGCCGGCCGCCUCCACCACUUCCCCGACCGUACAUCCGCCGCCAGGCCGUGAGGCGCUAUCCGUGGCCUGCCUCUCGCGGUGGGAUGAAGGGCCUGUGGAAGCAGAGCGGCCUGGCGGGCAUGGACGUAGGCGGCCUCGGCACGGCGGCAGCGGGGCGGUCCUCCCGGCGGCGCGCGAGGCUCGUGGUGUACGGGAUCGCCGUCGCCUUCGCGGCAUUCACCGCGUACGUGGCCUUCUCCUCCUCCUCCCCCUCCUCGCCGCCCGCCGGGGAGGGGGCGGCGGGAGGGGCCUCGUGGUUCGGCGGCGUGUACGCGUCCACGGCGCCGUACCGCGCGCAGGUCUCCGGGUUCUUCUCGUCCAUCUUCCCCACCAAGUCCUCCACCCCCUCGCCGGAAGAGCCGCCGCGCCGCGACGGCGGAUCGAGCGGGGGAGGCGGCCAUGGGAUCGGUGAACACGCACAGGUGGGGAGCGGGGCAGUGGACAGUAACGCUUCUCCAGCUGCGUCUGCUAAGCAGUCGGGAAGUGGAGGUGAUGCGCCAAGCAACAAUGCCAGUGGCGGAAGUGCACCUCCGCCUGCCAAUUUGGCAGGAACUGGCCCUCCACCUGCAAAGGCAAGCGGCAGUGACGGAAGCGGCGCUCCGGCGAAUAAUUCCGCAAGCGCCGGCACGCUGGCGAGUAGUGCGGUGGAUCGGAGUAGCCCGGCCGGAGAUGGGAGUGGAUCCCCAUCCACAACCAGUAGUUCUACCGGAAAAUCAUCCUCAGCGAAGACCAGCGAGGAGAGUGUACAUAAGUCCAAUAAGCAAUCAGGAGGUGGAAGUGAAGCCCGGAGCAAUGGUGAUGCCGUUUCUGAUCAGAAGGGCAGCACAGCGCAGGCCGGUAGCAAACCAGCGGCUGGAGCUCCCAGUGGUAAUUCUACUGGAACUGGCAGUUCAGCAAAGGGUGAUUCUAACAGUAGAUCUAAUAGCAGUGCAAGAAGUGGAAGCGGUGCAAGUAGUGUUUCUUCUUCUGUAAAUAGCACAGCAGCAAAGGCAGAUGAGAAACACGCAGUCGUUGCCACGAGUACUGAUUCUGCCGGAAGUGUCUUGGAUACGAAGGCUGAUUUGAAUAACAGAUCGGAUGCUCAGCCAGCGAGUGGGAGUGGAGGUGCCAACCAUGCAUCAGAUGCAACUGCUAGUCCGGCGAAAGGAAGUGCUAAAGAUAGCAGAGCUGGUACAAAUAAAGCGAGUGGGAAUGUGGCUUCAACCAGUAAUCCGACUGCUAGUCCUGCAAUGGUAGAAAAGAAAGAGGGUGGAUCCCCAAACAAGAAGCAGGCACCUGUAGCAUCAACAAAUUCGAAGAAUCAGAACCAGACUAGUGAUGGAGUUGCUUCUGGUGUAAGUGGUGGUACAACAAGUAAGCAGAAGGAAACAACUUCACAGGGUAGUGUUAGUUCAUCAAAGGAUCAUCCUGCCCAAGCAAUCAACUCAAAAUCUGGGAACUACAGUGAAGUGCUGGUGAAGGGGAAUGGAUCAUCGACAAAUCAGGUUUCGACAAAACAGCCUGACAAAAAGGUUGACUGGAUCAAGGAGAUGUCCAGCUGUGAUCUGUUCCACGGGAAUUGGGUUCAGGAUGACUCGUACCCUCUAUACCCUGAGGGAUCAUGUCCUCACAUUGAUGAGCCCUUCGACUGCUACCUCAAUAGCCGGCAAGAUCGAGCUUACCAGAAGCUUCGGUGGAAACCUAGUGGAUGUAGCAUCCCGAGACUGAAUCCAACUGAUAUGUUGGAGAGGUUGAGGGGAAAAAGACUGGUUUUUGUUGGUGAUUCACUAAAUAGGAACAUGUGGGAAUCCCUGGUCUGCAUCUUAAGGAAUUCUGUUAAGGACAAGAGGAAGGUUUUUGAGGCAUCUGGUAGGCAUGAGUUUAAGACUGAGGGCUCAUACUCCUUUCUGUUCACGGACUAUAACUGCAGCGUGGAGUUCUUCCGCUCCCCUUUCCUAGUUCAAGAAUGGGAGAUGAAAGUAAGCAAUGGAAAGAAAAAAGAAACUCUUAGGCUUGAUAUAGUCGAGCAAUCAUCACCAAAGUAUAAGGAUGCGGACUUCCUAAUUUUCAAUACUGGGCACUGGUGGACACACGAGAAAACCUCUCUAGGGAAGGAUUACUAUCAGGAAGGUAAUCACGUAUAUAGUGAGCUCAAUGUUGUGGAUGCCUUUCACAAAGCUCUUGUCACCUGGUCCAGGUGGAUUGAUGCCAAUGUAAAUCCCAAGAAAACUACAGUGUUGUUCAGAGGCUAUUCAGCAUCUCAUUUCAGUGGUGGGCAAUGGAAUUCAGGUGGUAGUUGUGACAAAGAGACAGAACCAAUAAGAAAUGAACAGUACCUGUCAACCUACCCACCAAAGAUGAGUAUUUUAGAAGACGUGAUUCACAAGAUGAAAACUCCGGUUGUUUACUUGAACAUAACAAGAAUGACUGACUAUAGAAAGGAUGCACACCCGUCAAUCUAUCGCAAACGGAAUCUGACUGAAGAGGAGAGAAGAUCACCAGAGAGAUACCAGGACUGCAGCCACUGGUGCCUUCCUGGAGUACCGGAUUCCUGGAAUGAGCUGCUUUAUGCUGAACUUUUGAUCAAACAGCAUCAAAUGCGCCAACAAUAAAGGCAAGUAUGGGCUUUCUGGAUGGGGGGUGCUUGUAUAUGAACUGUUCUCCAUGAUAAUAAUCAACACGAUCAUCAAAGUAAGGUCGAUAGUGACCUAGGCUAUUUUGAAAUCCCUAUAGAUAGUAAAGUUGCCAGUUGGUGAGAUCUACCAAUACGCACACAAAUUCUUGGAUUAGGGGCUUCUAGGACUUCAUAUUGUAAAGUUCAUGUGUAGUGCUAAUGAGUAAUAAACAAUAGUAUAGAUACGGCAAUAUAAAAAAUCUUCCCUUUUUGGCAGUUUCUUUUGUAUUUAUGGAUAUACAAUAUACUCUCGUCUGUGAAGUUAUCAUGAACCUCAUGCUGCAUGAGUGCGUGACAAUGAAUUGCCUUAACAGAACUUUUAGAAAA